UAUAUAUAUAAUAUAUAAGUGACCUUCCCUGGUGUAUAUAUAAUCGAUCUGAAUAUUAUUUUAUUUUGGUUAAUUUCGUCCUCGCGAGAUAAAAAAAAUAGUGCAGCAGCGUGUAUCCACGUUUGUUACUGAAAGAAGUGAAAAAAAAAAAGAACCGCCAGGAUGUGGGUCGAGGAGUGCGACGGCUUCGCGGAGCUCUGGCGUAGUCUGCCCUACUAUCUGCUGAUCGUCCUACCGCUCUUCAUCAUCAUCGCCCCGGCCAACCCUGUCGCUGCGUCCCAUGAGUUUCAGGCCUACCGUAUGAACCAGUACGACUUGCACGGCGUGCCCCAUGGUUGUCGCAGUGCUCCAAUUUCGCUAGAAGCGAGGUCACUAACAGGCUGGGGUACCUCUAGGCACUGUAUUGUAGCCAGAGCCCUAGAUCUUACUGCAGAUACUUUUCAUUCCAUCAGACAAAAGGCUGGUGCAUUGAUCGUUGUUCUUCCGGAAAAUUCAAACAACUUGAGCGAUGAAGCAAAAAAGCAUAUCAUGUUCCUGGAAGAAUCUAUGCUUUAUGGGCCUGAAACACCCAUCCCUGUGUAUUUUGUCAAGUGGAAUCCAGAGAUCCAAGUUAUUCUCGAGGAUGUCGAGCAUGGAUUCAUCACAGAUGAUAAAGCUGGAUCUGCAGCAGAGGCUUUGUUCACCUCUAUAUCAGCCAGUGGCUACCAAGUGGUCGUUUCAACUAGUCAAGCAGUUCCAAAGACUGACGUGAAAGUUGCCACUUUGCAUGGAAAACUAACUGGUACUGGAGUCGAAGACAAACUGCCAACCAUCGCUAUUGUUGCUCAUUACGAUAGUAACGGUGUAGCACCGGAAUUAUCUUUUGGUGCUGAAAGCAACGCGUCUGGGUUAUCAAUGCUGCUUGAACUUGCAAGACUCUUUUCGGCGUUGUAUUCCUCGGGAAGGUCGCGGCCGCGCUACAACUUAGUUUUUAUCGCUACCGGAGCUGGUAAGCUCAAUUUUUUGGGAAGCAAGAAAUUUUUGGAGGACCAGUUUGACGGAGUUGAAGGGUCUGAUAUACAGGGUACCUCGUACAUUAUAUGCCUUGACUCCGUUGCUUCGAGCGAUAAUCUCUACGUGCACGUUUCCAAACCACCGAAAGAGGGCUCUGUUGGCAGUCUCAUUUACAAAGAACUAAGUACCGUCUCGGACAGCCUUGGGUAUGGCACCGUCGAGGGCAAGCACAAAAAGAUUAAUCUUGCCGAGGAAAACCUUGCUUGGGAGCACGAGCGUUAUAGUAUCAGGCGACUGCCAGCCGCCACUCUGUCUACCCUCAAGAGCUUCGACGAGCCGUUUAGAACUACAAUUUUGGAUGAAAUGCAUGAUGAACAGAUCAAUAGACUGCAUAGACAUACAACCGUUGUUGCAGAGGCCCUUGCCAGGCACAUGUACAAUGUUAGCUACAGCCAGAUUUUCUCUGAACCUCUGAGUGUUUCUAAAGAUUCGUUAAAGAUGUGGAUGGAUUAUUUGGCGUCACAACCAAGAGCCGCUGCGUUGCUGGCCGAUAAGCAAAAUCCAUUAGUCAAUACUAUCAAAGAAGCAAUGCAGAAGUAUCUUGGCGACGUGAAAGUAACGUAUCACAGCCCUGACAAGAGAGAUCCAGAAUUUGUUUUUUAUGAUGUUUCUAAAGCAACGUUAAACGUAUACAGCGUAAAGCCAGCAGUAUUUGAUCUCUUCUUAACCAUAGCAAUUGCUGCUUACUUAGGAACCGUGUACUUAAUAGUUCACAACUUCUCCCACGUUUACGAUUUUGCGCAAAGGAUAUCGUGCAAAAAAAUUGCAUAAUUCUUUACCAAACGAAGCAAUUUGUUGCUGUGGACGAAAGAAUACGUGAAAAAUCUACCUUUGAAUAGCUCAAAUUCUUCAAGUUUAGUUUACUUUCAUUUAGCGUCUACCUACCAGCUGCUCCAAACGUAUAUAAUUGUGUUAAAACUUGUGUUCAUAAGUGUGUGUAGACUUUUAUUUCAAUUUCGGGAUGAGACGGUUGACUCUGUGAUUCAGAUCUCAUCGAUCUUAAAUGUUUUUUUUUUUUUUUUGUUUUUUGCUAUUGUAGUAAAAUAUACUUUAUGAAAUCGUCAAAGAAACGCAUAUAAUGUGUAUAAAUGAUAUUGUACAUGAAGAUGACCCUUGUCCAAAAGCAGUUUAUUAUCAAUCAUGUAAGAUCGUUAAAACAUGUUUUUUAUCAGAACAAAAUAAGAAUAGUUGUAAGUUAUUUUAAAAU